GUCGGCGCGAUGGCUCCGGCUGUGGACCGCAAAGGCUAUUGGGGCCCCACGACCUCCACAUUGGACUGGUGUGAGGAGAACUAUGUGGUGACCUUGUUCGUCGCUGAGUUCUUGCAGCCAUUGUUCUGAUUUUCCCACUCCCUUAAGGAAGAUUUGCCUGUUCUGGAACUGCAUGGAAUACAGUGAGUAACCUGAUUAUGAUCAUACCUCCAAUUUUUGGUGCAAUUCAAGGCAUUCGAGAUAGUCUGGAGAAACGGUAUGUUGCUGCUUACUUAGCACUCACAGUGGUAGGAAUGGGAUCCUGGUGUUUCCACAUGACUCUGAAAUAUGAGAUGCAGCUGCUGGAUGAGCUCCCCAUGAUUUACAGCUGCUGCGUAUUUGUGUACUGCAUGUUUGAGUGCUUCAAGGCAAAGAGCUCAAUAAACUACCAUCUUCUUUUUACCCUAGUUCUAUUCAGUUUAAUAGUAACCACGAUUUACCUAAAAGUAAAAGAGCCUAUAUUCCAUCAGGUCAUGUAUGGAAUGUUGGUCUUUACAUUAGUACUUCGUUCUAUUUAUAUUGUUACAUGGGUUUAUCCAUGGCUUAGAGGACUAGGUUAUACGUCCUUGACUAUCUUUUUAUUAGGGUUUUUAUUAUGGAAUGUAGAUAACAUCUUUUGUGAUUCACUAAGGAGCUUUCGAAAGAGAGUGCCCCCUGUCCUAGGUGUUGCGACACAGUUUCAUGCAUGGUGGCAUAUUCUAACUGGACUGGGUUCUUAUCUUCACAUUCUUUUCAGUUUGUAUACGAGAACACUUUACCUGAGGUACAGGCCAAAAGUGAAGUUUCUCUUUGGAAUCUGGCCAGUGGUCAUGUUUGAACCUCAGAGGAAGCACUGAUGAAUUAUUCUACCAAGAAAACAAAAAGCACCUACUGUAUGUAGUUGUGCCAAGAUGGUCAAGAAAUCCCCAAAGACUUGUACAUUCAAAGACACGAUGCCCAUCACAAGAGAUGAUCAACUCAGCCACAGAGAAUGGGCAAUUGGUCUGUUGGGUGUUUAGCUCCUGGUUUAUCUCCUUUGUCCUGGACCUAAGAUGCUUAGAGAGAAACAGAAAGUGUAUAUUUAUAUUCUAGAAUGGUGGAGAAUUUGGGCUUUUCUUAACAGGUUAACAGUUUGUGCUGAUCAUUCAUGAAAAAUUAGUAAUUUUUAUUUUUUUCUAUUUUUUACAAGAGUUGCAUGUUAAUUGUACCUUUAUUAAUUCUUAAUUAAAUAUUGAACAAAGUCAUUAAGUACUAGCAAAAUCCCAUAUUCAUAUGGUCGACUGUGAGCCAGCACUUAGCCUUGUCAGCUUUGAUUGACAUUAUUAUAUUAACUUCACAGAUGGCUCCCCAGUAAUAAAAAGAAAAGGGAUUCUAGGCAGCUCCGUACUAUCUGCCUUGGUGCUAGCUGGAGUCUUGGAAGCAAACUCUGACCUGCCAGUGAAUGGGUUCUGUUCUCAUCACAUCCAAGAUUUUGUCUUGGGCUCUAUGGCCCACAGCCAAUCAGAGGGGUGGGCCAUCCAACACCCCUUCAGAAGCUUUCCCAUGGCACCUGUGGAAUGUAGCCCUCUCACCAGUUAAAGUCUGUUGUUUUGCUUUCUUUGAUCUUCAAAUUAUUAUUAUUAUUGUGUCUAGCAAAUUUAACUGGUAAUCUAUAUGACAACACAGUUUAAUUGACUUUAUCAGGGAAAGUUGUGAGUUUUUUACUUUUCGCAUUAUGCAGUAUGCAUAGUCAAGCAAAUAGUUCUAAUUCCUAUUUGAGUGUAUACAGAAUUGAAUUGUUUAUCACAAACAGUAAAUGAAAGAUCAUAUGUUAUAUCUGUUGAUUGUGUCCUGAGCUAUGGCCUCAAAAGAAAACUAGGGUUUUUUUCUCAUGUAAAAUUGGUUUAAAAAAAUAAACCAAUCAUCUUUUCAAUAUUCAUUAACUAGCUUUAGCCUGGCAGGAUGAUGCAUACCUUUAAUCACAGCACUUGAAAAGCAGAGAUAGGCAGAUCUCUGUGACUGUAGGUCCAACCUGGCCUACAAAGUUCCAGGACAGGCAGGGAUACAUAGUGAAACUGUCUCAAAACAGAAAAACAGUGUUUAGUUCAUUAGGUAGCCUUGGAAUAUUUAUAAAACCAAAAAUGUUUCCUUCACCCUCUGGCCUUAGUUUUUUAAAGCCCAAGUACCAGUUUCCUUCCUUUACAUCUCAGAUGGCCAUUAAACAACAUACCUUUUAUAAAAGCAAGACAUGCCAAAACAUAAAUCUAAGAGAACCUUAGUUGUACUUUGAUUAUAGGCCUGGGUCAGAGUCUAGAGCACAUCUACUGAAUUUCCCAGCUUCUUGUGUUCAGAAACAAGAACCGGACCAGGGACACAUGGGUGGUGACGAAAAUAGAGACCUUUUGUUAGGAAGAAAGAAAAAUAUUCCCCAGAAUGAGAGUAUGUCCAAGGACUAGGAAAGGUCUAAGGCUGAAAAGCCUUGGACCAAAAGAGUCUCUGCUCUUCACAGAAUCUUUGCAUAGCUUUCAUCUUUUCUGGCAAUUAGAGAAGGUAGGGCUUUUUUUUAAAGCAUGAUGUUUUGUUAUGAAUAGAUUUGUUGGAGAGGUUUCCAGUCUUCCUCUGGGAUUGGUUUUUGUUUGUUUGGCUCUAGAAUUUUCUAUUCUUCUACCUCACUUUACCCUGUCCUCAGAGCUGUGGUUACAAAAAUCUUUUUGAGGAGCUAAAUGAUAAUAAUCUAUUUUGUAUGAUUUCCAUGUUAAUGAGGGAUGUAGUCUUUGCCAAAGAGAGACCAAAGCUGUCUUCCUAUUUUAUCUAUUAGUUGGAGAGGAGGCUUUAGAGUUUUUGUUUUAGGAGUUGGCUUGAAUCCUUGUAUCAUAAUGAUAAAUUGUACAUGAUUUAAAAAAAAUGUAAUGGGCUGGAGGGAUGGUUUAGCAGUUAGGAGCACCAGUUGCUCUUGCAGAAGCCUUGAGUCUGAUUCUCACCACCCUCGUUGUAGCUCACAACCAUCCGUAACUGUAGUUUCUAAGGAUCUAAGAGGUUCUAACAACUUUUCUGACAUCUAUGACACCAGAUAUGCACAUAGGACACAUACAUAUGUAAGAAAAACAUCCAUAUACCUAAAAUAAAUAAAUUUUUAAAAAUCAUUAAUGAAAAAUAAUAUGAUUUAUGUUAACCAUUCACCCCAGAAAGGAUCAGAGUCAGGAAAAGCAUAGCUAUGCUUAUGUAAAUUAUUCUGGAUAUUGGCCUGUUAAAACAACAGUUAAAACUGUUAAAACAACAAUAACCAAAACACAACAAAAUCCACAAACAAAAAACCCAAACUGAUGGUUAUGCAUUAAGAUUAUGGCAAAAUACAAAAAGGAACAAUUUGUAGGGAAAAAAAUCCAGUAGUGAAAUAGAUUAAAGAGAAGAAAGUAUGGGAUGGUAACCAUUGAGUACUAACAGUGCCAAAAGAAAAAAUGAAAACCCAAAACAUAAAGUUAUAAUUAUUGAUAGUUACUUUGCCUUUAAGAAGUUAAAGCAUCCUGUUUGUUGUCUGAAGAGAUCCUUUAAAUUCUUCAGCCUUUUAAUGGCUUGUACUGUAGGUAGCCUGUCUUUAAGGUUUUCUUCAGGCUACGGACUCGGGUCUUAUGGACACUGGUGCCACUUCCUUAGGAGGACUCUAACAGGUUAUAUCCUGUCUCCAAACAUCUAUUGCCCUUCUUUAACCAACUGUAAUGAUACCCUGUCAGAUACAGUAUAUUGUCUCUGCCCAGGAUCUCAAGAGAAAUAAGAUUUUAGCAAUGUGUUAAGUUGUAACCAAAAUAAGGAAGACUUCCUUUUUGGUAAGACUUAAUAGUGUGUCCUUUUUAUCACAUACAGUGUUAGUAUACCCAGUCUGAUGUUACUGCUUGAUGGUAUUGUAAUUCCUAUAAUUUUCAUUAUGGAAAGGAAGUUCAUCUUAAAAAUCUUUGGCAAAUAUAACCACCAUUCUAGAUGUACCUCGGCCUUACCAGAAAUCUUGCCUCCAGCACUUGUACUCUAAGAACACUCCUAUAAAAGAAAUUAGUCCAACAGAAGAAUUCUUAACACGGCAUUCAGAGCAUUUGAUCAACAUAAAGCAUUUUGACGCUGUUUUAUUUUUGUUACCCCCGGCUUUAAAAAAAAAGAAAUAAAAUUUUAAUCUUUCACAGA